AUGGCGUUUUCAUACCUCGUUCUAUAUUCAGCUUUACUCUUCGCUUUAUUUAUCUCAUAUAACCCAAUUCUAUGCAAAAGGUACAAAUAUACUCCAGAUGAACUUAUCAACGGUCAUUUAUUUUACCUCGAACCGGCAAAAACUGCCUUUGCUCUUGAUAUUAAACCUAUAAGUUAUCCUGAUAAAUGUGAAUUAGUACAAUUACAUUUGAAUACUAGACAUGGAUCGAGGUAUCCAGAACCAACUGACAUCGUUAAUUACGAGAAGUUGGAAAAAAUAUUUGCCAAUGUUCAUAUUGCGAAAGAAUGGUAUAAAAACCCCUUCCCAGCGUGGAAAGCUUUGAAAUUGAUCGAACGAGGAGAACUCGAACCUUAUUACGAUGGGAUACAAAGUCGUAAAAGAUACGCAAAAUUUUGGAAAGGAGUUGAAUAUGAUCCCGACGUAAUUAAAUUUCAAAGUACUGACACUUCAAGGACCGGUGCGUCAGCAAUGGCAUUUGCUGAAGGAUUAUUCAAUGGCAAAGGACCUUUGGAUACUUGUAAAAGUCAACCUGUAUAUAUUUCGUCAUUACCGGGCUAUUUAGAUUAUGUGUUACAGCCGCAAGUUGCCUGUCCACGUUGGUAUCUAACCAUUUUAAAUAAUACAGAUUACUUAGAGCAAGCUUAUAUCUAUGGCAACAAGACUCUAGCACCAAUUGCCGAGCGUAUUUCCAAAGAAUACAACCUCAAUCCAUCACUUGACCCACAUCUAAUGCCAUAUGUUUUUACUUAUUGUGAAUUUUGGCUCCUUCAUUUUAACCGAACUGACACGUGGUGUUCAUUACUCAGCCCCAAAGAUCUUCUAUUAUUACGAUAUCAUUGGGAUAUUUUCCACUAUCAUGUUCUUCAAUACGGUCAUCCUUUUAACAAGCGAAUGGGUUGUGUCUAUCUUACUCAACUCGUAACUGGAGUUGAUAAUUUUUUAAAUGGGAAGUCUUUUAUGAUUGCUGAUAUAAAGAAUUCUCAUAGUUACUCAUUACUUGCGCUGUUCACUUCAUUGGGAGUAUUCAAAGAGAAAUACCCUCUCACGGCAGAUUUACCCUAUGAAAAGAUUAAAGAAGUCAAAUUUACAGAAUUCGCAUCUAUACCCUGGUCUUCCAUGGUUUAUUUCAAAAUUUAUACUUGUCAAAAGAAUGAGGUGUUGAUACGAAUGGUAUUAAACUUUAAACCGAUAUUGAUCUCGGGUUGUGGAGGCGAGUAUUGCAAAUGGGAGAAGUUUAAAGAGGUUAUUGGUGAUCAAAUAGG